UCCUUUCUCCAACACCAAUUACGACUGAAUGAUCAGUGGUGAGUCCGACUUGAUUAUGAAUCGCUUGCGCCUUGCGGCCAGGCCCAUCAUAACCGGUUCGUUCAACGGACCCGCUAUAUCCUGAGAAAUCAGCAAGCAUGGACAACGAAGGCACCCCUGCCCCACCGUGGAUUGACGAAGAGGCGGAAAGCGGCGCGGAGGAUGGCGUCUCGUUAUCAUCUAACGGGUCCCGUGAUGAGGAUGGUGGGCCUCCACCUAAUCAUCGUCCAGGCCCUGGAGGCGAUCCAGUACCUCUUGAUAAUACGUCAGGAAAGGCAGGGACGAAGAAGAGGAAAAAUCCGUCUAGCGGCAACGACGGUCUAACGGACACGCCACCGCCUGGGCCGUCGAAUGCAAAUGGUGCGGACAACCAAUCACAAAGCAAGCGCAAGAGAGUAUACAGAGCGUGUGAGGUCUGUCGCCGGAAAAAGGUCCGAUGCAACGGAGAAAAGCCUUGCCAGCACUGUGUGACGUACAACGAGAAGUGCCACUACUUUGAGGCAAAAGACAGGAGCGCAUAUUCUAAGCGAUAUGUAGAGAGUCUAGAGACACGCUUAGGACGCCUCGAGCAAGCGCUCAACCAGGCCAUUGCUGGCGGAUUGCAAUCGGCAGCGCAUCUCAUGACCGGCGUCGCUACUGCUCCACACGAUAUUGGGUCAAGCUCAACAUCUCCAUCUGCGGUCAUCACCGCACCAGAGAAGACAUGCUUUUCUGGUAAGCCGUCACCACACUCGUCGUACCCUAACGACCCUAAAAGCCUUUCUCGCGAAACUAUUGAUGCAGCUACAGAGCUGGUCACUGAGGAGGCGCAUGAUCGGCUCAAAGAGCUAGCUGAAUUAAGCAUCGCAGCGCAACGGCAGACAAAAGGACUGGGGGGGCCAAAUGCUGGGCAAGAACCUGAUGCAACAGGGCGGCCUCAGGGUGGCACCGUCGAUGGUGCUACGGCCGCCAAAGGCGGUCAUGUUGCGGUAGACAUCGAGGCAGGGGAUGAAGCGAGAAGCUCAAUAUCCGGCCACCAGCAAAGUGGGAGGCUACAGUACGACGAGAAUCGGAAUCUUCGCUAUAUCGGCCCGUCUGCGACUGUCACCCUGGUCCUCGAUGCUCACUCAGCCUUGGACGGCCGGAGGGAAUCACAAGUCACGGGGGAAGUGGGCGCUGCGCAGGCGAAUCUAGGAUGGAUCACUUCGUCUCUUGGUGUAAAUCUCAGCCGAGUACUGCCGUCUGUCGAGUCGGUCACAUUUCCCGAGCGAGACCUUAGCGACUUGCUCGUGCGGACAUUCUUUGAUUGCAUUCACCCUCUCUUUCCCGUCUUGGACGAGCGCGACUUCAAUUCUCGCUACUCGGAAAUGUUCAACCAAGCGCAAGCGAGUGAAAGCGCCCAAAAAGCAAACCCGCUGUUUGUUGCCACACUCUUUGCCAUCUACGCGUGCGCGAGCCGAGUUGUCCAGGAUCCUCGCGUGUGUCCCAGCGGAGCAGAAGCUCACUUGUGGGGCUACGACAGAAAGCCGGCAUCUGCGGCGGCGAGGGGGAAGCCGGGAGCAUCAAGCCGUAAAGAGGCGCGUGUCAACUUUGCAUUGGCAGGAGUGCAAUUCUUUGCCAGAUCACAGCUGCUGGCGCUACACAGGAGCAUGGAGACGCGAAUUGAGCAGGUGCAAACCAACGCAUUGCUUGCCUAUUUUAUGGCAUCCUCGAACUGCGCAGCCCGUGCAUGGCUCAUUAUUGGUCAGGCACUGAGGAUGGCGUGUGAUCUGGGCCUGCAUCGCAACUUGACACACCUUGGACUCUCAUAUUUGGAGCUUGAGGUUCGAAAGCGAGUAUGGUGGAACAUCUACAUUCUCGAUCGAAUCCUAUCAGUAUCUCUUGGACGGCCACUCGGCAUCGAAGAUGCAAGCAUUGAUCAAGAAAUGCCAAGCUUGGAAUUCCAGCCGCCAUUCCCUCUCGUGGAGGGAUUUUGCGCUAUCAUCAGACUUGUGCGACUGUCUAGCGAUAUCGCCAAGAAUUCUUUCCAAAGGCAGCAUGCGAAAAGCAAGCGCGACAAGGCUGCAGUCGAACUCCAUGACCGUCAGGCUAAACAGUUUGUCGAUGACCUCGACACUUGGUUCAACUGCGUUCCAGCUCAUUUGAAAACAGGCGCACACGAAGUCGGGUCUGCUCCAGCUCAGCAGUCUUGCAUAGCAUUCAUCUUGUACCGCUCAGCGACAAUGCUCCUUCAACGGUUGUUCCUGCAAGGUGGUCUGGUUUCUGCAUCCCGAAACUCAGUCGAUCGGACGAAAGAAGAGGAGGAAGCGCUAUCGCAGUGCUAUAAGACGGCUCAUACUCUCAUCAAGGCGGCGCCGCGCAUCGCAGCCAGCCUUCCGGCAAGCCCAUUCUUACUGGAGUACGCGCAGCAGGUGCUCGUUGCGGGCGGCUACCUGGCGCUCAAUGCAUGGCGUUGGCGAGGGACUGGCGCAGCAGAGACGCACCUACAGGAGGCCAACCAAGCUUGCCUUGCACUUCAUGGACUUGAACCGAUCUUCCCUUCAGCCAGGGCUUUGAGACGAGUGCUCGAGUCGGUCAUCGCCAAACUGCGCAGCAAGCUUGGGCCGGUCAGACCAGAGCAUCAAAUGGCCCGAGGAUCCUUUGGCGCGCAAGGUAGCGCAGCUAGUGCAGUCUCUGCAGGCCCGUCUGAACGGCAGGAUGGGCGAGACAGGUCAAGGUCUUUUGGCGCGUCAGCUACUCAAUCACCUAUACAUGGCGCUGCACCCUUCAAUACAGAGUCAUGGAUGGUCAUGCUCAAUGCUUCCGUUGACUACUUCAACGACUUGUCACCGGCGACCAGCUUUGACCCUGCGCAAGGCGUUCCUUUCCCAGGCAGCCAAGCAAAUGAUGUGCCCAAACCUUCAGGGGGUUUGGACUUUGAAGGCUUGGAAUGGCUGGAAACAAUGUUUGGAGGUGACGCGAGCGACACUUUGCGGAACGCAGCUGGCAUGAGCACCAGCACGCAAGACAUGUCUGCACCUCUGUGGGAGUCGUAGUGGCACAUGUACAAGGCUUUUAUCAUCAAUACCCCUAAUAG